GGGCUCCGUCGGCGGCAGCGACGACCCCGGGUGACGAGGCCGGGCCGGGCCCUCCGGGCUUGUCCGGGGUGCGAAGGGGCGGCGCUGCCGCCGGCAGCCGGGACUUCCUGUGACAGCCCAUUUCCUGGUCGGAUGGGGCCGGCGGGCGGCGGGGUCGGUCCUUGACGGGCUCAGUGGCCGCCGAGGCAGUGAUGCGGGCCCCGGGCCCUGCCGGCAGGCGGCCCCCGCCGUGACCCGCCGGUGGGGCUGCGGUUAGACCGGCCCUGGGCGCCGCUGCGGGGUUGCAUGGAGGCACCCCCCCUGCCGCCCGCAGAGAGAUACCGGGCGGGGGCCGUGUCAGGGGCCCUGUCAGUCGGGCCUCCGCUGAGGGGGCUGCGGCGGCCCAGGGGUAACCGCUUUCCCCUUCUCCGCGCUGUGGUUUCGCAGGGGUGAGCCCUCGCCAGCCCCCGGAGGACAGCGCGCCCGCUCCGCUUGGCCCCGGCUUCCCCCCCGCCUUGGGCCGGGCUGCAGGAAGGAGGAGCAGGGAAGGGGGUUUGGGACCCUCGGAGCAGCAUCGCCCCACGAGCAGGCGGCUGCUGCCUCCUGAGAGAUGAAGAAGUUUUUCGACUCGCGUCGGGAGCAGGGUGGCUCUGGCCCCGGAGCGGGCACCAGCGGCGGCGGUGGUGGCAGCGGCGGCCCGGGCAGCGGGUACAUCGGCCGGGUGUUCAGCAUCGGCCGGCACCAGGUGACGGUGGACGAGGUGCUGGCGGAAGGUGGAUUUGCAAUAGUGUUUCUGGUGAGGACUAACAACGGGAUGAAAUGUGCCCUCAAGCGGAUGUACGUCAACAACGAGUAUGACUUGCAGGUCUGCAAAAGGGAGAUCCAAAUCAUGCGGGAUCUGUCUGGCCACAAGAACAUUGUGGGAUACAUUGAUUCCAGUAUAAACUCCGUCAGCAGCGGGGACGUGUGGGAAGUGCUCAUACUGAUGGACUUCUGUCGAGGGGGUCAGGUUGUGAACCUCAUGAACCAGCGCCUGCAGACGGGCUUCACGGAGACCGAGGUCCUGCAGAUCUUCUGUGACACCUGCGAAGCCGUAGCCAGGUUGCACCAGUGUAAAACCCCAAUCAUCCACAGGGAUUUGAAGGUUGAAAACAUCCUGCUGCACGACCGUGGCCACUAUGUCCUGUGUGACUUUGGAAGUGCCACUAACAAAUUCCAGAACCCUCAAACAGAAGGGGUGAAUGCAGUAGAGGAGGAGAUCAAAAAGUACACUACGUUAUCCUACAGAGCACCAGAAAUGGUCAACCUGUACAGUGGCAAACUUAUUACUACAAAAGCAGACAUAUGGGCCCUGGGCUGUUUGCUGUACAAGCUGUGUUACUUCACCUUGCCCUUCGGAGAGAGUCAGGUGGCAAUCUGUGAUGGCAACUUCACCAUUCCAGAUAAUUCCCGGCACUCGCAAGACAUGCACUGCCUCAUCCGGUAUAUGCUUGAGCCAGACCCUGAUAAGAGACCUGAUAUUUAUCAGGUCUCCUACUUUGCAUUCAAACUGGCAAAGAAGGAAUGCCCGGUCCAGAACGUCCAGAACUCUCCGAUCCCCGCUAAACUCCCAGACCCAGUUAAAGCAAGUGAAGCUGCUGCAAAGAAAAGUCAACCCAAGGCCAGGCUGACAGAUCCCAUCCCUACAACAGAAACUUCCAUAGCCCCCCGCCAGAGACCUAAAGCAGGACAGACACAACCCAACCCUGGAAUUCUGCCCAUUCAGCCAGCCCUGACACCAAGGAAGAGACCCACUGUUCAAGCAGCCAUUCAGCCGCAAGUUGCAGGCCCUGCUGCCCUGGGCAGUGGGCAGCCCUCGCUCCCUGCAAGUGUUCCCCAGCAAAAAGCAGCACCUCAACAGGCUCCAGCACAGCCACAAGCCAAGCAAGCGCCAGCUCCGCAGCAAGCCCCACAGGCACAGCCCCAGGUCCCCUCUACUCAGCCCCAAGCCACACCUCAGCAUCAACAGCAGCUUUUCUUGAAGCAGCAGCUCCUGCAGCAGCAGCAGCAGCAGCAGCAACAACAGGCUGCCUAUUACCAGCAGCAGCAGAUGAUGCAGGCUCAGCAGUUCCCAGUGAUGCAGCAAGGAGCGCCAGCACAGCAGCAGCUCAUGCAGAACUAUUACCAGCAGCAGCAGCAACAGCAGCAGCAGAUGAUGGCCCAGCAGGCAGCAAUGCAGCAGAAGACAGCAGGAGCAGCAGGUCAGCAGAAGCAGCAAGCCCCAGCCCCACCACAGCCUCAGCCCCAGCAGAGUGCGGCCCAGGCAGCGCAACCGCAGGAACAAGUGAUGCAGGCACAAAUGAGGCCACAGCAAAAACCCCAGACGACACCCCCUCCAGCAGUGCAGGGUCAGAAGCUGGGGUCUCUCACCCCUCCAUCCUCCCCCAAGACCCAGCGUGCAGGACACAGGAGGAUUCUGAGCGACGUGACCCACAGCGCGGUUUUUGGGGUCCCAGCCAGCAAGUCCACCCAGCUCCUGCAGGCAGCUGCUGCUGAGGCCAGUCUCAACAAGUCCAAAUCUGCUUCCACCACACCCUCGGGCUCCCCAAGGACCUCCCAGCAGAAUGUCUAUAACCCACCCGAUGUCUCCACGUGGAAUCCAUUUGAUGAUGAUAACUUCUCCAAACUCACAGCUGAGGAGCUGCUGAACAAGGACUUUGCAAAGCUGGGUGAUGGGAAAGCUCCAGAAAAGAUGGGCAGUUCCACAGAGAACUUGAUUCCAGGUUUCCAGCCAGCUUCAUCUGCAGCUCAGCCGGAUGCAUUUGGUGGCUCUUCCUUCACUGCUGGAUCAGCUGAAAAAACGAAAGACAUUCUGAGUUUGGACACUAGCCCUCCUCUUCUGACUGUGCCUGAUCCUUUCAUUCCUCUCCCAUUAUCCGACACACCAGAAAAACUGAUUGAGGGACUCAAAUCUCCUGAGACUGCGCUUCUGCUCCCUGAUAUCCUGCCUCUCGCUGACCCCUUCGGUAGCACCUCAGAUGCUGUGAAUGGAAAACCUGACGUAGCUGUUGAGAGUCUCAUACCGGGCCUCGAGGCGCCGCUGCCCCAACGCCUCGUGUCACAGACUGAGUCGGUGGCCUCCAACAGAACAGACUCUCUAACUGGGGAAGACUCUCUCCUUGACUGUUCUCUGCUUUCUAACCCUGCUGCUGACCUCGUGGAUGAGUUUGCUCCUGUAGCUUUCGCAGCUCAACCUCACAAAGAAGAUACUAACCUGAUAUCAGGCUUUGAUGCUCCUGAGGGCUCUGAAAAAGUGACAGAAGAUGAGUUUGACCCAAUUCCAGUGUUGAUAUCCAAAAAUUCACAAGGUGGGCAUUCUAGAAACAACAGUGGAAGCUCUGAGUCCAGUCUUCCCAACAUAGCCAGGUCUUUACUGCUGGUGGAUCAGCUCAUAGACCUGUAGCAGUGACACAGUAGCAGACGCAGUUUCUGUAACGUACCUAAUCCUCCGUUUUCAUUUCCAGAAGAGUUCCCUUCACUCGUGGUUCUUUUGGGCUUUUAUUUUUGCUUCUUUUUGCUUUUUGCUUCUUUUUUUCUUUUCUCCUCAAUUCAAAGAAAACCAAAUCUGCCAACAGGAGACAGUCACCCACCUUUCCCCCUGUCCUCCCAUGCCCUGGGGAAGAGUCUGUCUCAGUUCUCCAGGUAGCCCAUCCUCUCUAAAGCUGGUAAAAGCCUGUUACGGUUCCUUCUGCACAUGUCUCUAUAGCCUGUGUGUAAAGGGAGCACCGUCCUUAGCCACCCUGCUGAGAUGUCCACAUAGCACCAUGGAAAGCCUAACUGUACAGGAAUUAGAGAACUGUAGCUGAUGUACGAUCAACAGACUCCUUUCUCCUUAGAGUAGUGCGUGAACAAUUGUGUUUCAACCUUUGCGUUUGUGGGUUUGGGUUUGGGUUUUGGUUUGUUCCUGUUUUCUGCUGAAGGGGCAGGAGGAAGGGGACAGGGGAAGGCAGUAGGGAUGUCCCUCUCCUGCAGAACACAGGUUAGGAGAGCUGAGGUUUCUAAAUUACCAGUGUAUGCUUCAGAGGAGGAGAAAGCACCGAAUGCCUCUGAAGUUGUCCUCGUACCUCUGGCGGUGGUGCAUUGAAGAGAGUUUGCCAGGCUGUCCCCAGCUAACGGUUUGCUGUUUAACAAUCCUGCUUGUGAAUGAACUGCACUUCCUUGGGGAGGGGAAAAACGCACCCAAACCAGAUUGCUAAAGCUGCAGAAAUGACCCUAAGUGAAACCUAAGAAGGUUUUGAACCAAACCCAUGUGAGUAUGGCUGUGACUAGCGUUUUGUUGACCCUUUAUUUGGAUGAAAAGGGCAUUGUGGCAGCAGCAGAUGUAUUUUCUGUGACUUCUUUUCUGUGUUUGACUGGAAAAAAAAAAAAAGACCCAACAAAUCCCCCCCCCAACUAACUGUAAAUUGUGUAUGAAUCAAAUUGUCCUACAGUUGUUUGUCUAUUUUUAAUCCUGGUUUUAGUCAAGCAUCCGAUACCGGUUCUGGGUUCCCCGUUUUCUCUUGUAACUGCAUAUAGUGCAAACCAGUUGAGUAUGGAACCAUUUGUUUCAGUAGACAAAGAUUACUGUGGACUUUACUCCACUCCUCAGUCUUUGUGGAACAAGCAUGCACUUGGUUCGGAUGGUUUGAAGUUCAGUGCUGCUACAACUCGAUGGGUUUUACCUUUUCUUUUCCCUUCACACGCUUAGUUUGUCAAUCAGCUGGAUACACUAAACUGGUUUUCAUUGGCUUCUGGUCCUGAAGUCCGGAAUUUCUAUCUUGUAUUUGAAAGCUCUUUCUGAACAGAAGGACUCUUCCUCUGUAGUGGAAUCCUUACUAGCUUCCUGCUAACCUUGUGUAUGUGUAUGUAGCUGUAUUAGUACUAAGUGCAGUUUCCCAUGUGCGAAAGUAGGAACGACUGAAACAUGUAUGUACUGACCUCUUGCUAAGAAGGAAAGAAAUCCAAGCUCGUGACUUCUCCUUUCCUAUCUCCAGUCUCUCUGCUAUUCCCCACCCCGACACUUAGUUUAACAAAUUCUGUAAAUAGAACUACCAUGGAUUGUGUCUGCUCUCCAUUCCUCUUCUUUUCAAACCUUACACUUAAUAAUAAAAGUAUUGCUUAAGUGUGUUGUAUCAUUACCUGUGUAUACUGCACUUUCCAAGAGAAGCUUUACAUGAGAACUUAUGGAAAUGACCUUAGUAAAAUUGUGGAUAGAACUUUAUUAUUUUUUUGGUUUAUAUUCCUAAAGCACAGGCAAGCUGGACUGGAAAACAUGAAGCUGUUAUAGAUAGAAAGUUAUUGUAUAGUCAGAUACUGAGAUUAUAUGAAAAGAGAAUGGAUUUUAAAAAAGUAACCAUCUACUGUAUAUUAGAAACAAAGAUUUCUGUGAAUUAAAGUACUUUUCAAGAAUGUUUAAGAUUUUAAAUCUAAUGGCACUUGUUCGAGGGAGUUGUUCUGGAACAAACUCUAAAUGCACUGGGUUGUGAAUAAUGCUAUUAAAUAAGCAGAUGUGAAUGGUUAUUUUAUUGCUUUUUCCAGUAGCUAUUCAUGGAUCGGGGUGGGAAAUGGUACAAUGGAAGCUCACAUUUGAGAGAUGGCUGUUAUCUAGACCUCCUUCAGCAGAAAAUGCUUUGCGGAAUGAAUGGAAAAUGAGAGAGAGAUGGAAUGAGUGGCUAUUUGGGAUUCAUUUUAAGCUCUCCAAAACCUGUGACUGUCCUGCAGGCGCUGCUGGAAGCUGAGGGGGGUGUAUGUGAAAGCUUCUGCUGUGAAGGGACAAACUGAACUUGUCUGCCUGGGAGACGUUUGGUGCCCAGCACUCCCAAACUGGUGUCACAAUGAGCCUCAUAGUGAUGGUUGGAGCCUUGUUUGAAGCUGUGGGAGAUGUUUCUGUCCCCUUUUGAGGGUUGCAGGGUCAGGUGUUGUUAAGUAACAUAAUACAAAUGUACAGCCAGCAGAAUCACAGCAGAUUCUCCUUUCUGCCCCAGCGGGCUGGAGCCUGUGGUGUUGUUCUUGGCAUUACCUGUUUUGAUGGAUCCUCCUGGUAGGAGUUGUAGAUACUACAACUGCAACCACAGUGCAUGGAGCAAAUUCCUUUCAAGUCAAGGUUGUGCUUUGGAUGGAAGAAUAAACUCUAGUUUUGGGGCAGCAAGAUGUUCACGGGAGUAGCUGGAACUCAGAUGUUGGCUGUCGCUGGGGGCUUGGGUUCUGAACUGUCCCUGCCUUUGGGAAUGUCCCCACUUCAAGUGGAUGAGCACGAGUGUUGCACCCCCAGCUCAGUUUGUCUUGUUUCUGACAAUACCCACUGUGGUGGGAGCAGCUGUCCCAAAAGCAGAAGCUGCAGCGUCCUGAAUUUGGGCUGUCCAAGCCUUCCUGGGGUUCCUUUGGCCCAGUAUGAAGGACUUGGCCAGCACUGCAGGCACUGUGCAGCCUGAUGGAGAGGUCCAAGAGAUGGGUGGACCGUUGGCUUUGUGACAGACAUUCUGCAUCCUCUUACAGCCCACUUACACAAGCGAAUGGCAGCUGGAGUGAAUCUCUGUGUAGAGCAAAGUUCUUUUUAGAGGAGGCUUCUUGUAAAUGAAUGAUGGCAAAUGAAUGAUGGUGGCAUUCUUCAGCCUGAAAGCUUGCAGGAUAUUGCCUCCAAGGACUUUCCAAACCCACCUUACUUAAAAAUGGAUUGAAAAAGAAAGAAAUGGUUAUUACAAUGAAAGUUUAGAUGUGAUUCAGACCAGAGUUCAGCAAGUUUUGGGGUGUCCAAGCAAACAUAAGUGUGGAGCAUGUAGGCCUCUGACUACAGAAAGUCAUCAGGCACAUGGGGUGCUGCAGUAGCAUCUGAGGUGUGCGUGUGUUUGCAUGGAGCAUGUUCUUUUCUUUUUAGCCAAUACGUUUCCUACUUCAGGAACUCGCAGGGAUCAGGGUUGGGAAUGGUUGGUGUGAAUGUGCUGGGAUGGAGCGCUCAGAUGAACGAGGUUUAUUGGUCAAUGGGUGAGACCAGUUCCUGUGACUUCUCUUUGCUGAGGCGUUUGGCACUGCAGUCAGAACUGCAUCACGCAGCAGGAAACGUGGGGAGAGGUGGGAAGGGGUUUUCUUUGUGUUCAGUUCUUGUCCCUAUUUCCAUACCUGGCAGAAGCUGUGCUCUGGGACAGCCGUGCCAAUGCACCGGAGCACGGGCUCCCUGCACAGCAUCGGAUCUCAGUGUUCCUCAAGAAGAAGGGUGGGUUGUUGGCUGGGGUUGUUGGAAGGAUGUUACCAACAUCUGAGACGUGUGCUCCUGCCCUUUCUAGAGGUUUCACCCCUAGAAACUCACCUUAUGUUCUUCUUAGAUGGCUGCAUCUUCAAAAUGACUUGUGGAUUUAACACAUGGCUUGUGCACAGUACAAACGGGGGUAACGCAGAUGGUGCUGUUGGUCCCCGUUGGGUGAGUGUUGUAAACUGUGUGUAAACGGUGGGACUGUGUGUGGGGUGUUUAACACCAGCCCUGUGUCACUUUGUACACUGCAAACGGCUGUACAAGUGUGCUGAGCCCAGGGCAUUACACCCCUUCCCACUGGCACUGAACCCCCAACUCUGCCACAGCGCAGUGACCAUGGGCAGAAACGCUUCAUUCUCCCCAGGUUGCCCAGUGACACAGUAAUGGUGAUGCUGCCCUAUGGUGUUCUGAAGGCACUUUGGUGUUCUGAAGGCUCUGUCUUGAGGUUUAUUGCUUCCAGGAAUCGGAAUGCAAGGAAAAACUCCACCGUUUCAGGAACCAAAGGCACGAGAAGUCUUUUGACCCUUUUCAAAUGCCGAAGCAGUUAUCUUGGAUACUGGUAAUCGUGCUGAUUUUUAGCUACCUGUUACUGCAUGUUGAGACCUUCCUGACUUUGGCUGGCUGGAAUCAGGGGAGUUAUUUGGUGGAAGAGUAGCUUUAUGCUCUAGGAAUGCCUCCAUCUCCCCUUUCUUGUCCUGGGCUCUGCUCCAGAAAUGAGCUCAUCAUCUCAGUGGCUGCUCUGCCUCCUGCAGCCCCUUGUUAUAGGAAGGGUAAAUCUUUUACAGCUUUCCUGUCAGUUAUUCCAGUACUUGGCCACUUCAGGGCAUGGUUUUCCUUAGAAGAUGGGGGAACUCCACGUGUCAGUGCUGUAACUCAGGGCUAAAUGGUCUUGUCUUCAGGUUGCUCUCUGAUGGGGCAUUCGCAGGUUACCAAGUGAUAAGUGGUUUUAACACUCAGGCUCUCCCUGCAGAAAGGGAGCUUGAGUGUAGUUUCUUUAGUGCUUAUAUCUGAGCCUGGAAUACAAACUGAUACACAAAUGUUGUGCAGGGGUAGGGCAGAACCUGAGCUAUAAACCCAAGCUCUGUCAAGAUUUUAUGCUGUAAAGGAGUGUCAGGAAGAUGUGUGUGUUAAAACCUGGGUUCAUUCAGAACCGAAGGGAUGCUUCCCCAUGAAGUCACACACAGAUCCUGGAGCCUGGAGGAGGAGGGGGGGACAAAAGAGGCAGCUGCCCGUUGCCCGUGUCCAUCUUGGCAUAGGCAGAUGUUAGGAAGUGCUGCCUCUGCAGAAGAGGCAUCUCUUUGUGUGUCGAUUCAAGCAAACCAUCUGCCUGUAUCUUUUCAGGCCUCUUGCAUGGUGUGAAUGAGAGCGCAGUCAGCCAGAGGAGGGGCAGGGCUGCACACAAACAGCCACUGUCUCACAGGGUUUGUCCUUUACCAGCCCCUGGAGUGACCCUUCCUGUGCUGUCCCACAGAACAAACCUACCAUGCCUUUUCAUGUGGAACCCUCCCCGCCUCACUGGUCUCUGAUCUCAGACCUCUGAAGCAUCCCUCAGCGCUGCCUGACUGCAAUUCCCUGUCCUCCCAAACCUCCUCUGCAAAGCCUGUAGCUGUGGCUGCUUAUGGGAGUGCACUGACCGUGUCUUAUUAGCUCUAGCCUGACCUUUACACAAAGGGAUUUGGGGUUUUUAUGAUGUGAUUGCACAUUUUGGUGUCUUAAGCGUAGCUCAGACCUUCAUUUAACAUAUAAGAUUAACAACAGUGAGAGGAGAUGUCUAAGGCACUGCCUAGGCGUGCUCCCAGGUGUUAGCCAAAGGAAAAUGCUGGCAGGAGGAUGUCUUCCUUGUUGCAAUGCUGCCACAAGCUCCUUCUGGGACUAUCCCUUUGCUUUCUGCCAAAGGAAGCAGAUGGGAACCCAAGAACAUGGGAAGGAAAAGGUGCCUGAGGUCAGAUACUGUGGGAUGGUAUCUGGAAGCCAGGUCUUCCUCCUUCAACAUCAGGAAAAUAGAAUGUGGGAUUGUAGCUGGUGCUCCUCCUCUCUUGUUAGUAAAUCCCCGACGCUCCUCAGUGCGUGUUGCUAUUCCCGUGGCCGUUUCUGGUGUCACAUUCUGAGGGCCUUUCCCUUGCUGCUGUGUUGCCUGGCAGCUCUGACUGAAACCAGCUCAGCACUGAAGGCCAGAAGGAGCUCCCACUGAAGCAUCGCUUCAUUUUCUCCUCCCAGAGUAAUUCACACCACCGGUUCUGGCCUUAGUAAGGAGGAAAGCCGCUUCCCUUCUCACUUGGGAUGGGCAAAGAGAGCAAGAAAGCACUGGGGAAAAGUCAUUUUUCUAAACCCACUGUUCUACCUAUCAUACAGGUGCCUCCAAGGUCAGACACGUGCUGCUCUGUCCUAAGCAAACAGGCUUAUAUCUUGUCAACCCUCCUCUUGCUCCGUCCUGUCAUUGCUUACACAAAUGUAGACACCUACUAACGCAAGUAACUCUUUAAACAGGAGAAUUCAGCUCAGAUGACUUGUUUGUACUGGUUUUGUGCAGAGGGGGUCACUGGUUUGCGUCAAGGUUCCCCGUGAUAAAUGCCUUUUUCCUUCCCUUGUUUUCCUGCACGCUGUGUUUCCGUGAGAACUGGGUAAUUCCGCGGCGUUUGCAUGAUGUGGCAACUGGUUUUGCUCUGCUUCAGCCUGUGCUCUCCAACCCUCACAAUAACACCUGGUAAAUACAUAACCAGCCCUCCUGGAAGAAAACCCCAGCACACACGUACUGUUCCUGUGAUCCGAGAUUAGCCUCUGAGGUUAAAGUGCUGCUGGCAACAUUGGCUUCAGGAAAGAGCGAUAGUAUUUUUGUAGAGUAACUUAUGGAAUGUUCAUAUCUCUACACUGUCUUUCCGUAGCAGUGUAAUGUAUCUAAGUGAAUAGUUUCCCAAUAAAUACUGGUUUUGAUGCCCAA